GCAGCCACUCGAUAGCUGCGGCUAACGAGGACAACCGCAGAGAGUCCCUGGCAGGGGAGAGCCUCCGAUGGGCCUGAGAAGGCAGCUGGAGGAAGCCCACACGGAUUUUUUUACCUUUUGGAUCCACUCCUGGGGGAAAGCUGAUGAGGUGGACGUCUUUCAGCUUUUCUUUCCAACGAGUCCACUAGAAUCUGACAACAAGACAACGCGAACCAUUCUGUUCCAAUCCGCCAUGGGGAAGACCGGACAGAGUACGGUGGACCUGAACUCCCCAUCUGACGUCAAACACGCGGUUCCUUUCGAGGAACUGGACCAGGUGACGCCCCCUAUGGACCAAGAGAAGAAAAAAGAGGAGCCCCUUGAUAGAGGAAGCUGGAAGGGCAAGUUCGACUUCCUGCUGUCAUGCGUGGGAUACGCCAUCGGCUUGGGGAACGUGUGGAGGUUCCCGUAUUUGUGCGGCAAAAACGGCGGAGGAGCAUUCCUGAUCCCAUACUUCCUGACGCUGGUGUUUGCCGGGAUACCACUGUUCUUCCUGGAGACGUCCCUGGGACAGUUCACCUCGGUGGGAGGCCUGGGAGUGUGGAAGCUCAUGCCGAUGAUGAAGGGUGUUGGUCUGGCUGCAGUAGUGCUGUCCUUCUGGCUCAACAUCUACUACAUCAUCAUCAUCGCCUGGGCGCUCUACUACUUGUUCAACUCCUUUGGUUCGGAGCUUCCCUGGCAAAACUGCAACAAUCCCUGGAACACGGACAAAUGUUUCAGCAACUACAGCCUGACGGACACCACCAACCUAACUAGUGCCGUCACCGAGUUCUGGGAGCGUAACAUGCACCAGCUGUCCGGUGGCCUGGAGGAGCCAGGAGAGCUUCGUUGGCCUCUGGUGGGCACCCUGGCACUGGCCUGGGUCCUCGUUUAUUUCUCAAUCUGGAAGGGAGUGGAGUGGACAGGGAAGGUGGUGUAUUUCUCAGCCACCUAUCCUUACGUCAUGCUCUUCAUCCUGUUCUUCCGAGGCGUCACCCUGCCGGGAGCCAUCGAUGGUAUCCGCUUCUACAUCACGCCGGACUUCAAUAAGCUCACACGCUCUGAGGUGUGGCUGGAUGCCGCCACCCAAAUCUUCUUCUCGUACGGCCUUGGCCUGGGCUCUCUCGUCGCACUGGGGAGCUACAACAGCUACAAUAACGACGUCUACAAGGACUCCAUCAUCGUGUGUUGCAUCAACUCCUGCACGAGCAUGUUUGCAGGUUUUGUCAUCUUCUCCAUUGUGGGAUUCAUGUCCCACAUCACCAAGAAGCCUGUGCAGGAACUCGCUGCCUCAGGUCCCGGUCUGGCGUUCUUGGCUUACCCUCAGGCAGUCACCCAGCUGCCCAUGUCGUCUCUGUGGGCCAUCCUCUUCUUCUCUAUGCUCAUGAUGCUGGGCCUGGACAGUCAGUUCUGCACGGUGGAAGGCUUCAUCACAGCUCUAAUGGACGAGUAUCCCUUAGUGCUGAGGAAGAGGAAGAAGGGCUUCAUCCUCAUUGUCUGCUUCAUCUCCUUCAUCAUCGGAUUCUCUAACAUCACGCAGGGCGGCCUGUACGUCUUCAAGCUGUUCGACUACUACUCCGCCAGCGGGAUGUGUCUCCUCUUCCUCGUCUUCUUCGAAACAGUCUCCAUAGCCUGGUUGUAUGGAGCUGAGAGGUUCUACAAGGACAUUGAGGACAUGAUCGGCUACCGACCCUGCGCUUGGUGGAAACUUUGCUGGAUGUUUUUCACGCCGCUCAUCUGUCUGGGCGUGUUUACCUUCAGCGCCGUGGAGAUGACGCCCUUGACUCUGGGAAAGUACGUGUACCCGCUGUGGGGCCAAACCAUCGGCUGGUUCAUGGCUAUGUCCUCCAUGGUGCUCAUCCCGGGCUACGUCGUCUACAUGUUCUGCAGCACGCCGGGAAGCGCCAAGCAGCGCUGGAAGAGGAUGACAACGUCCCAGCAGGACGACAAACCAUCAGGUCAUGACCUUUUUACUCACAUUGUUGGCGAAGCUCCCGUCUAGCACUCGCUACUCUCCUGAAAAAUAUUCACCUUCAACCCCUUUUUAAUCUUGCAGUUAAAAAUAAAGGACUUUGUGUAUUAAGACAAAGUGAGUUAGAUGUCUGAGAAUGAACAAAACACAAAACCACUUCAUAACCCAUUAGAGAAAUGUACAUAUAUGCUGCAUAUACUGUCUUACUAGAUCAUAUUUGACUUGUUUUAAGCAAGGAUGAUGUUGCAAGCAAAUGCAGUAUAAGAAAUAAACCAGUGGUGUAAAAAUGCAGUGGUAUUUUUCUAAAAGUAGCUUUCUGUAAAGAACUGCAACAAGUGUACUUUCAAAUAAACCAUAAA